CCCCACUUCCUCUGUCCCUCCCUGCCACCUCCUUCCUCCCUCCUUCUCUCUCUCUCUCUCUCUCUCUCUCGCUCUCUCUCUCGCUCUCUCUCUCUCUCUCUCUCUCUCUCUGAGUCCCAGCCCCUGAAGGUGUCAUAACUGCUUGCUCUCCCUCUCUCACUCACUCUCUAUCACCGCCUUUCACAUCUUUAAAAGCUGCUGCUUCUGCUGUGGCUUUCUCGAUCUCCGUUUGUCUCCUCUGGCACUGCAGGGGACUCAACUGGCAAAGCACCAAGGAGGGCUACUGUAUAGAAGCGGGUGGGAGAGAGAGAGGGAGAGAAAUAACAGAAAUAGCAUCAACCACAUUUACCUGUCAGUGUGUGAGUGUGGAAAAUUUGGAGAAAUGCCUUUUCUUUGUAACUUAACUAGCGUUGUUUUAUUGCUGAUUGUUCACUGUGGAUCAUGGACAGGGGCCAGUCGUUUGGGCCCCUUCAAGGUUUGUCCCAGCUGCAGGGAUCCACUUGGUGCUGGGAGGCCCCCCAGGGAGCACAAUGUAGCAGGCAGUACGACGGUGUUGGCCCAGGGAGAGCCCUGUGGCGUGUACACCCUGAGCUGUGCCAAGGGGCUCCGCUGUGUUCCCCCGCCAAGGGAGCACAGCCCCCUUCAGGCUCUGUUGCAGGGCAGGGGCAUUUGUGCCAAGCACAGCAAGACAAGUCCCACUGAGAGGCCCCACCCCACAGGUCCUCAUCCUUCACACAGCGGUGACAUUGAAAAAGCACCGUGCCGCAAAAUGCUCAACAGUGUCCUGAGAGGUUUGGAGCUGACAAUCAUCCAGUCUGACCGUGACAUCUAUAUACCCAACUGUGACACCCGUGGGUUCUACAGAAAAAAGCAGUGCCGCUCUUCCAAAGGCAUGCAGCGUGGCCACUGCUGGUGUGUGGAUGAGCUUGGCACUCCAGUGCCCUCACGUGCCAGAGAAGACGGUGUUUUACCAUGCGAUGGGGAGUGAGAGAUGAGCCUGUGCUAUUGUCAAACGCCUGGAGGAAGAGUAGGUGGAGAAGGAGCACAGGGAGAGAGGAGCUUUAUCAUGGGCUAACCACUGCCUGGACAGGAGGUAGCAGGGGAAACCACUUCCAAUGGAAAACACACAUCUGUUCAUGUCCUCUUUUGAAGACAGAUAUACACUCACAGUCCAGGAAUCAAAACAGCCACCUGAAUGUCCAACUGUUACAGCAAUGUUCUCUGCGUAGUCCUCUAGAUACACUGCAUGUUAAUGGUCCAUGAACUUCCUCAGUGAUCCAAGCCGUAUUACUGCAAAAGAUCUCCCUAUUCCCUGCCUCUUGUUCUGGCUUUCUAGUUAGAUUUCUAUUUUCCUUUUGAAUUUAGGAUAGCUGACACUGCCUGUGUUUGUUCUGAUCUCAGUGGGCUGAAAUACUGUUACGCAGGUGAUGUGACACAAAUGUGUGUCAGCCUCACCAUCCUCUCUCCCUCUCUCCAAAGAUACACUGAUAUCAAUGUCUCUUAGAAUAAUUUAUUUGGGGGUCUGUUUUCCAUUAAUUACUGCUUUAAUCUUACAAUAUCUUAUAUAUUUGUGUGUGUCAUGUCUGAAAAAAAAUAGUCAAAUGAAAAUUAUACAGGAUGCUUCUGUUCGUUUUAUUUGUCAAAUUGGUGUGGUGACUGCUUAUCAGUUGAUUGUUUGUACAUAUGUUGGACGUUUGUGGUUGACUGUGUGUUCUGAAGUGGCAAACAAAAAGCGUACGGCUGUUAUCCUUUUAAAAAAAAAAUUAGUAAGGCAUAUUUUUAUACACGUCAAUAUAUUUUAUAUAUGAAUUAUUGGUUUAUUUAAUGAACUACAGUAUAAUGCCAUGUAUUUUUAUAUUGCCAGCUAUUUCUUAUUUAAAGACAGAGAUUAUUUUGUUUCAUGUAGGGGAAGUGCAGUGCUUUCAGGGCACCUUUAUGGCAAAACUCAUCAAAGCUCAAUUCAACUACUACUGUACAACUUUUGGUUGUAUCUCAUGGUUUUAUUUCCUUCUUAUUUAUGCUUUUUUCAUUUUAGAACUGAGAAUGUCUAUUAUACUAUUGUGUUUUCUCAUAAUACUUCUGAUUUCAAUAUGUAAGAAAAAUGUUAGUCUUUCCCAAGUCUUGCCAAAGUCAUGAAAUUGUGUGCUAAGUGUGAUUAGAAUUUAUCCAUUUCUGACCAAUCUUGUUGUGCCAAUGUGUUAACCGUGAUGGACUGUCUGCGCAAAAAGGACAUUAAACAUACUGAUGAUAAAUAUGGACACAAAUAAAUAAAGCAUAUAUUAAUACAAG